AUGGAUUCGACAGCGCCAUACUACAGAGAUCGAGGCGGGGGACAGGCCCCCAAGCCUCGCCACCCUGCGUCCUCCCCGAGUCUUCAUUCAACAAAAGCAGUGCGAGACGGGCCGCCGCGUGUGCUCCUUUCUGCGUCUACGUCGCUGCGGCGAAACGACCAGGCGCUUCUCGCUCAAGAGGAGAGCGGGCACUGCGGAGAGCUGUCCCGUUUCUUCACCUCUUCUUCCAGUGCCCCGGGGCCUCCUUUCCCUCCCUCGCUCUACGACAACUCUUACCUGAACAGCCUCUACCGGCCGCCUCUCCUGGAUGCGCACGGCGCCGUCAUUCCGCCAGCCGCGCUGGGCGGACUCCCUCCCUCGCCUCCCUCUCUGCCUCCGCCUGGGGAGAUAUCGAUGGCCGCUUUAGGGACUUCGAAGACUCGCAGCGAGGCACGAAGAGAAGACGAGCCGAACUUCAGGCAUUAUUGUCCCUCCGUGACAGACGCGUCUUCUCCGUACCACGUGAAACCCCCGGUCCUUCCCUUCUCGCCUCUGAGCAUCGAUGACAGCCAGCGUCUUCGUUUGUCUGCGGCGCGCGAGACGUCCUUCGCAGCCUCUUCGAUAUCCGGAUCUCCGCGCCGCCCUCCGCGUCCUUCGUUCUUUUCUCUUGGGCAGGAGGAGCUGUCGUCGCCUCCCUGCGACUUCUAUUCUUCCGCACACGGGAACUGGUCAGCGUCGGACCCGGCCCUCUCCGGUCUGUCUUCUUGUCUCGCCUCCCUCGCCAGCCGUGCGCAGGCUCUCUUUUCCGCGCUCAGGCACUGGGUGGAGGGUCGCUCGGAGGCCAGGCGCUGUCGAGCUCCGCGCGUAUGCGUCCUUUUCAAGUUUGCCGCGGCUGCGUGCUGCGCUGUCGCUCUCCUUCUUCUGCUCUUCGUCUGCUUGCACUCCACGCGCAUACAGAGUCAGCGAAGCAAGACGCUGUCGCUAGCGAGGCACUCGCGAAACCAUGCAGACGCUGAAACUCCAGCCUGGCACAGCCCCCGUUUUCCUCAGCUGUAUCCGCCGAACGCAGCCGGAAAAGAUGAAGAGGAGGAAGUGGAGAGCAACUUCUUGCCUGGUGCAGACGAGGAAGAGGACGAGGGCGAGGACGCAAGCGAAGAAGCGAACCCGCUGCUGGCCGCGGCAGGCACCAUGCUGGUGAUCCCUGGCGUCGGGGAAAAAGGCAGGAACGCUUGCAAAGAAAGCGAGUAUAUUGGUCACACCCUCCGUCUGGCUCACGAGAAGUCGUUCUUCUCGCUCUUUUCUGAGACGAAAGGCAUGACAAAAUACGAGGCCAGCGACGUGGUUGGCACCGACGACGCCCUAUACACAGUGUUUGAUUCUUCGUACGCCAUAGGCCACACGAGUUACACGCUUCACCCUUUUGAAGAAAAUAACUACCUCAUCGGCAGUCCGGAGCGACCGGGAGGCGGCGACUCGCAGUGGGAGGGCCUCGCCUACGAUGAUGUGACGAAGCACUUUUUCGCCGUUCGAGAAGCGAUCGUUGACGACACGAAUACGCCGCACGCAGGAGGCCGCCGGGCUCCGGGCGUCGCCCCUCACGUCUCUGCGGACAACAAGCAGGCUGACGAGGCGUCUGGCGUUUUUCAACUGUCGUCGCUCUUUGCGCCUUCGUCUACGGCAGCGGAAAGCAAAGAAGAGGACCCCGCGCGAUCCAAGAAGCCCUCGAGGAACAAGAAGGAACGCGAGCGCGCGGAGCGGACUGGCGACACUGACAGGCGAGAGCGAACCGAGCAGACGCGCGUGGAAGCCGCAGACAGGCAGACCGGAGACGGGGGAAAGGAAGCCGCGGUAAAGGAGGUGAAAGCGAAGAAGGAGAAAACGAAGGACGACGCACCCAGGACGCGGGGCAACCAGCUCCCGCACUACCAUGCGUGGAUCGAAGAACUCGCGGUCAAGAACAAAACGUACGCUGUCCUGCAGUCAUGUCGGACCGAAUUCCGCUUUUCAGCGGAGAAUAAGGGCUUCGAGGGCCUCGUAGGCCUGCGACACGCGAAUGGCUCAUUCUACUUGCUUGGCUUGUGCGAGGGAAACUACUGCAAGGGAGGCAAAAAGGGCAGAAAAAGAGGUCACGGGCGCCUUGUGUUGAUGGAGAAGGUCGAUGGAGGCGACGAUGGCGAGGCGUGUCUGUGGAAAACAGUGAAAGUCCUUCACCUUCCGCCGGAAAUCGGCUUUCGGGACUACUCCUCCAUUGCGGUGCGUGGGCACCACGUGGCGAUCACGUCGCAAGAAGACUCCGUCGUCUGGAUUGGCACGUUCAACCUCCCAGAAGACAUUCCUGCGCAUGGCAUGGAAGGCACGGGCGAAGGCGCGGACAAGCACAAGCCGCGGAUGCUGCUGACCGACCCGAGCGCUCUCGAAGUCUCCCCAGGCGGCGAGUUGCUCUAUUUCCCUCGAGAUGAACAGUGCCGCAUCCUCUACUGCAACAUUGAGGGAAUUGCCUUUACAGGCCGGUUGCUGGCGGCAGGUGAGCGUCGCUGGAAGUCAGCCGCGAACGAAAUACAGCCCCGAACGCAGGUUGCAGACUCGCGUGUGUUCGGAGAUGCUCCGAAAAGUCUUGGUUCGCUGGAGCGCAGGCGAUAA